GGAGGCCGGCGCGAGGAGGAGCGUGCAGAUUUGAGCGGCUCGGCGGCGGGGGCCAGGACGACUUACCCUGGGAGUUCCUCGCCGCUCCGCCCCGGAGUGACCGCCCGCCGCCCCAUGGGCCUGGCCGAGGGCAACCGGCGGGCGGCGCGGAGGAGGUGGCGGCGGCAGGUGGCGCGCAGCAGGGCCGGAGCCGGGCCGGGCCAUGGCCGCCUCGGAGCGACUCUACGAGCUGUGGCUGCGGUACUACACGCAGAAGGACCUGGGCUCCCUGCAGCAGUGGCUGAAGGCCUAUGUGGAUGCCUUCGAGAGGAGCAUCUCGCUGUCCUCACUGGAGCCACGCAGGCCCGAGGAGGCCGGUGCCGAGGUGCCGCCGCCGCCGCCGCCGGACGCGCUGCCUGUGCUGGCCGAGCAGCUGGACCAGGGGGACCUGGAGCAAACCCUGCUGCUGCUCAAGCUCUUCGUCCUCCUCUGCAGGAACCUGGAGAACGUGGAGGCCGGCUGGGGGCAGGUGCUGGUGCCCCGCGUGCUGGCUCUACUGACCCGGUUGGUGGCCAAGCUGAAAGGGCGCUCGCCGCUGCCACUGCCGGAGGGCCCUGGCCCGGAGCUGGAGGAGGUGGUGGCCCUGCAGGCCCUCCUCCUCUGUGAGGGCCUCUUUGACCCCUACCAGACCUGGCGGCGCCAGCACCGCGGGGAAGUCAUCAGUGCCAAGGAGAAGAGCAAGUACAAGUUCCCUCCUGCUGCUUUGCCUGCUGAAUUUGGAGCCUUCUUCGCAGAGAGCCUGCAGGAGGCGGAGCGCUUGCCCCCCACGCUGCUGCUGCGGCUCAUCCACCUCUUCGGGGCCGUCCUGGCAGGAGGGAAGGAGAACGGGCAGCUGGCCUUGAGCGCCGGCUCCGUGCAGGGCCUGCUGGGAGUGGUGCAGGGCUGGGGCCGCGGGCCGGCCCAGGACUCCCGCCUCCUGGCGCUGGCGCUGGAGGCCCUGGUGGGCGCCGUCCACGUCCUGCACGCCAGCCGCACGCCCCACCGAGGUCCAGAGCUCCACGCCCUGCUCGAGGGCUACUUCCGCGUCCUGAACGCCGACGGGCCGGCCGGGCCCAGCCCAGGCCCCGAAGAGGCCCUCAUCCGCCGGCGAGUCAGCAUGCUGGACGCCAUCCCCAGGAUGCUGGCCUGCGAGGACCGGCCAGUGCUGCAGGCCACCUUCCUCAGCAACAACUGCUUCGAGCACCUCAUCCGCCUCAUCCAGAACAGCAAGCUAUACCUGCAGGCCCGGGCGCCCCCUGAGGGGGACAGUGACCUGGCUACCCGGUUACUGACCGAGCCCGAUGUCCAGAAGGUGCUGGACCAGGACACGGACGCCAUUGCCGUCCACGUGGUCAAGGUGCUGACCUGUGUCAUGAGUGGCUCCCCCUCGGCCAAGGAGGUGUUCAAGGAGCGCAUUGGCUACCCUCACCUGCACGAGGUUCUGCAGAGCCACGGCCCCCCCACCCACCGGCUGCUGCAGGAGCUGCUCAACAUGGCCGUGGAGGGCGACCACAGCACGUGCCCGCCGCCGCCCGUCCGCAACGAGCAGCCGGUGCUGGUGCUGACGCGCUGGCUGCCGGCGCUGCCCACGGCCGAGCUGCGGCUCUUCCUGGCCCAGCGCCUGUGGAGGCUCUGCGACAGCUGCCCCGCCAGCCGCGCCACCUGCGUGCAGGCCGGGCUGGUGAGCUGCCUGCUGGAGACGCUCGGCACGGGGGUGGCCCUGGGGACCCGCUGCCGGGAGCAGCUGCUGGCGCUGCUGCAAGCCCUGGGCCGCGUGUCCCUGCGGCCCCUGGAGCUGCGUCGCCUGCUUCGCCCGCCGCCGGGGCUGGACUCAGGGCCGGGAGGGGCCGAGGCCGCGAGAGCCCGCCACGCGGGCGCCGUCAUCCGCGCGCUGUCGGGCAUGGCCCGGCACCGGGGCCCGGCGCGAGCCCUGCACUACUUUGACCUCACGCCCGGCAUGGCGGGCGUCAUGGUGCCCCCGGUGCAGCGCUGGCCGGGGACGGGCUUCACCUUCCACGCCUGGCUCUGCCUGCACCCGCCGGCCGCCGCCCCGGCCCCGGCCCCCGCCCGGCGUCUCCAGCGAAAGCAGCUGUACAGCUUCUUCACCAGCAGUGGCUCAGGGUUCGAGGCCUUCUUCACGGCGGCCGGGACCCUGGUGGUGGCCGUGUGCACCCGGAAGGAGUACCUGACCGUGAGCCUGCCCGAGGUGUCCUUUGCCGACUCUGCCUGGCACUGUGUGGCCGUCGUCCACAUGCCUGGCGGGCUCUUCAGCCAGAACCUGGUGCACAUCUACAAGGACGGCCACCUGGUCAAGACAGCGCCCCUCCGCUGCCCCUGCCUCACCGAGCCCUUCUCUUCCUGCUGCAUCGGCUCCGCUGGCCACCGCACGACAACCACCACCACGGGGCUGCCGGCGCCCGCGGGCCCCACCGCCCUGGCCCCCACUCACCCCUCCCUCACCCGCUCGCAGUCGGUCCCGGCGACCGCAGGGCUGGGCUGGGGGUCUGGGCUGGGGGCCCCUCCGCCGGAGGGCAGCAUCAGCUCCACCCUCGCAGGCACCCAGGACACGCGCUGGGGCAGCCCCACCUCCCUGGAGGGCGAGCUGGGGGCCGUGGCCAUCUUCCACGAAGCCCUGCCCACGGCAACCCUGCAGGCCCUGUGCAGCCUGGGGCCCAACGAGACAGCACCCUUCAAGCCCGAGGGCGACCUGCAUGAACUCGGAGCCAAGCUGCUCCUCCAUUACUCACCUCAGGCCUGUAAGAACAACAUCUGCCUGGACCUGUCCCCUGGGCACGGGCUGGACGGCCGCCUGACGGGCCACAGGGUGGAGACCUGGGACGUGAAGGACGUGGUGACCUGUGUGGGGGGCAUGGGUGCCCUGCUGCCCCUCCUGGAGCGAGUGGCUGCCCAGCCCCAAGAGGCCGAGGCGGGUCCGGCCGAGACGCAUGACCUGGUGGGGCCCGAGCUGACCUCUAGCCACAACACCCAGGGCCUGACCCUUCCUCUAGGCAUGUCCCCAGAGGAGCGGAUGGAGAGGAACGCAGUGGCGGCCUUCCUGCUGAUGCUGCGGAACUUCCUGCAGGGCCACCCUGUGAACCAGGAGAGCCUGGUGCAGUGCCAGGGCCCUGCCAUCCUGGGGGCGCUCCUGCGCAAGGUGCCCGGCUGGGCCAUGGACAUGAACGUGCUCAAGUCUGCCCAGCUGCUGAUGGAGCAGGUGGCCGCUGAGGGCAGUGGGCCCCUCCUGUACCCGCUCUACCACCACUUGCUCUUCAACUUCCACCUCUGGACCCUCAGCGACUUCGCCGUGUGCCUCGGCCACAUCCAGUACAUGGCCAGCGUAAUCCGCAAGCACAGACAGAAGCUGCAGAAGAAGUACGGGGUCCAGUUCAUCCUCGACGCCCUGCACACCCACUACAGCUCACAGCGGGAGUGCCCCCUGGCGGCCGACGAGCUGCGCAUGGUGCAGACGGCACUGCUGGAGCUCCUGGCGCCCAGCUCCCUGGCCGAAGACCUGCAGGUGGUGCUGAGCUUCCUGGCGGCUGCGGGUGAUGCCGGCCAGGUGCUGGGCGCCCUGAACGUGCUGCUGGCACUGCUGCAGGGCCCAGCUGCCCCGUUCGUGGCUGGCUUCCUGCUGGAGCCGGGAAACCUGGAGGUGCUGCUGGCACUGCUGGUGCGACCGUGGUCACUGCCCCAGCUGCCCAGGCGCAUCUGCAAGGUCCUGCGCAGACUGCAGCAGAUGGAGCACCUGCUUGAGCCCAGCCGCCAGCGGCUUCGGCUCCGAGAGUGUGGCCUCCAGGGGCUCGUCGCCUGCCUGCCGGAAGGGGCGGUCUCCCUCCAGCUCUGCCGGGGCCUCUACAAGCUGUUCCUGGGCACAGACUGCCUGAGCCUCUCAGACCUGAUGGCCGUGGUGCAGCUGUCCCUCCAGGCUGACCUCGGCGUCCGCCUGGACAUCUGUCGCAAGCUCUUCCACCUCUUCUACGGGCAGCCCGACGUCGUGCGGCUGCUGGCCCGGCAGGCUGGCUGGCAGGACGUCCUGACGCGGCUGUACGUGCUGGAGGCCGCCACGGCCGGCAGCCCCCUGCCCUCCCCCUCGGAGCUGCCCGCCUCCCCAGAGCCAGCCUCACCCAAGCCACUCACCGAGUCCCCUGAACCUUCGGACGUCUUCCUGCCCUCGGAGGCCCCCUGCCCGGACCCCGAUGCCUUUUACCAAGCGCUCUCCCCAUUCUGCACACCCUUGGACCUGGGCCUGGAACGGUCCAGUGUGGACUCGGGCAACAUCGCAGGUGGCGGCAGCGGCGGCAGCGGGACCCUUACUCCGGCCAGCCAGCCGGGCACACCCUCCCCGCUGGACGGGCCCCGGCCCUUCCCCGCGGCCCAGGGCCGCCACAGCUCCAGCCUCUCCAACGUGCUGGGGGACGGCAGCCUCCCAGAGCCCACCGCCAGUGGGGACGACACCUCCAAUACCAGCAACCCUCAGAAACUGCAGGCGGCGCAGCUCUUCACGGCGCAGCUGCACUGGGGCGCGUUGUGGCGGGCGUCUUCUCCAAUACCUGCGGAGGCCUGGGCCCUCAGGGACCCGCCCGCGCCCCGGUGGAAGAUGUCCAGGGCCGAGACAUACUCACGGAUGCGUCUGAAGCUGGUGCCCAACCAUCACUUCAACGCUCACCUGGAAGCCAGUGCCCUCCGCGACAACCUAGGCGAGGCCCCCCUGACACCCACCGAGGAGGCGGCGCUGCCUCUAGCAGUAACCAAAGAGGCCAAAGUCAGCUCCGUGCCCGAGGAGCUGCCGGAAGACCAGCUGGGCGAGGAGGAGCUGGCCUCCCUGGAGACGGCGAUGGAGGCGGCGGAACUGGACGAGCAGCAUGAGAAGCUGGUGCUGUCGGCGGAGUGCCAGCUGGUCACGGUGGUGGCCGUGGUCCCAGGGCUGCUGGAGGUCACCACGCAGCACAUAUACUUCUACGACGGCAGCGCCGAGCGCGUGGAAACCGAGGAGGGCGUCGGUCACGACUUCCGGCGGCCGCUGGCCCAGCUGCGCGAGGUCUACCUGCGGCGCUUCAACCUGCGCCGCUCAGCCCUGGAGCUCUUCUUCAUCGACCAGGCCAACUACUUCCUCAACUUCCCGUGCAAGGUGGGUGGGACGGCAGCCUCCUCCCCCUGCCAGGCCCCCAGGCCUCCGCCCGGCUCCGUCCCGCCCCACACCCAGAUGCGGAACCAGGUGUACAAGUGGCUCCUGCGCCUGCGGCCGCCCGCCCAGGGCUACCUGAGCAGCCGCUCCCCGCAGGAGAUGCUGCGAGCCUCCGGCCUGACCCAGAAAUGGGUGCAGCGGGAGAUAUCCAACUUCGAGUAUCUGAUGCAACUCAACACCAUCGCCGGGCGGACGUACAACGACUUGUCGCAGUACCCUGUGUUCCCCUGGGUCCUACAGGACUACGUGUCCCCAACCCUGGACCUCAGCAACCCGGCUGUCUUCCGGGACCUGUCCAAGCCCAUCGGUGUGGUGAACCCCAAGCAUGCCCAGCUCGUGAGGGAGAAGUAUGAGAGCUUCGAGGACCCAGCGGGCACCAUUGACAAGUUCCACUAUGGCACCCACUAUUCCAACGCCGCGGGCGUGAUGCACUACCUCAUCCGCAUGGAGCCCUUCACCUCCCUGCAUGUCCAGCUGCAGAGUGGCCGCUUCGACUGCUCUGACCGGCAGUUCCACUCGGUGGCGGCGGCCUGGCAGGCCCGCCUGGACAGCCUGGCCGACGUGAAGGAGCUCAUCCCAGAAUUCUUCUACUUCCCCGACUUCCUGGAGAACCAGAACGGCUUUGACCUGGGCUGCCUCCAGCUGACCAAUGAGAAGGUGGGCGACGUGGUGCUGCCCCCGUGGGCCAAGUCCCCUGAGGACUUCAUCCAGCAGCACCGCCAGGCCCUGGAGUCGGAAUACGUGUCCACCCACUUGCAUGAAUGGAUUGACCUCAUCUUUGGCUACAAGCAGCGGGGCCCGGCCGCAGAGGAGGCCCUCAACAUCUUCUAUUACUGCACCUAUGAGGGGGCUGUGGAUCUGGACCAGGUGACGGACGAGCGGGAACGGAAGGCUCUGGAGGGCAUUAUCAGCAACUUCGGGCAGACUCCCUGUCAGCUGCUGAAGGAGCCGCAUCCAGCCCGGCUCUCCGCGGAGGAAGCAGCCCAGCGCCUUGCCCGUCUGGACACGAACUCGCCCAGCGUCUUCCAGCACCUGGACCAGCUCAGGGCCUUCUUUGCGGAGCUCAUCAGCGACGGUGUGCCCCUGGUGCUGGCCCUGGUUCCCCACCGGCAGCUCCACUCCUCCAUGACCCCGGACCUGCUGGUGACCGUGAGUGCCAACGGACUGCUGGGCACCCACAGCUGGUUGCCCUAUGAUCGCAACAUAAGCAACUACUUCAGGUUCAUCAAAGACUCCACCAAGGGGCAGCGGCUGCUGAGUGGCCCCUGGGUGCCGGGCAGCGGCGUGAGUGGGCAAGCCCUGGCAGUGGCCCCCGACGGAAAGCUGCUGUUCAGUGGUGGCCACUGGGACGGCAGCCUCUGCGUGACCGCGCUGCCGCGGGGCAAGCUGCUGAGCCAGAUCAACCGCCACCUGGACAUAGUGACCUGCCUUGCACUGGACACCUGUGGCAUCUACCUCAUCUCAGGCUCCCGGGACACCACCUGCAUGGUGUGGCAGCUCCUGUACCAGGGUGGUCUCUCGGUGGGACUGGCAUCGAAGCCCAUACAGGUCCUGUAUGGGCACGAAGCUGCCGUGAGCUGUGUGGCCAUCAGCACGGAACUGGACAUGGCUGUGUCCGGAUCGGAGGACGGAGCUGUGAUCAUCCAUACUGUACGCCGUGGCCAGUUUGUAGCAGCACUCCGGCCCCCGGGGGCCAUGCUGCCCGGACCUGUGUCCCACCUGGCGCUGGGGUCUGAGGGCCAGAUCGUGGUGCAGAGCUCGGCGCGGGAACGUCUGGGGGCUCAGGUCGCCUACUCCUUGCACCUGUACUCAGUGAACGGGCGGCUGCGGGCCUCCCUGCCCCUGGUGGAGCAGCCCACCGCCCUGGCGGUGACGGAAGACUUUGUUCUGCUGGGCACAGCCCAGUGUGCCCUGCACAUCCUCCACCUGAACAAACUGCUGCCGGCUGCGCCUCCGCUGCCCAUGAAGGUGCCCAUCCGCAGCAUGGCGGUGACCAGGGAGCGCAGCCACGUGCUCGUGGGCCUGGAGGAUGGCAAGCUGAUCGUGGUGGGCGCGGGGCAGCCCGCUAAGGUGCGCAGCAGCCAGUUCGCUCGGAAAUUCUGGGGGUCCUCGCGGCGCAUCUCGCAGGUGUCCUCUGGGGAGACCGAGUACAAACCCGAGGAGGAGCGCUGACCACCUGCCCGUCCCAGCGCGGGCCCCGCCCCCAGCAAGGCCCCGCCCCCAGAGCAGGCCCCGCCCAGGAGCCAGCGAAGCUGUCAGCUGGCACUCGGGGUGGGCGGUACCUCACCCCCACCCAGCUCAGGGAUUGGCGGGCGGAGUCACUCCCGGAAGUCCCGCCCCUCGCCGGCAGAGGGGCAUCCGGGAUCCCAGCCCGGGCCCGGGACCGCACAGCACUUUCUGCAGAGCCUGGGGCGGGGAACCCAGCGCCCGAGCCCCGGUUCCGGCAGCACAGGGACCGGCCGUGGCCUUAACCCCCAGGCGGCCCCGCUCCCGUUCUCGGCAAUAAACGUGGCCUCGUUUUGUAGCU